GUCUUCCACCUUGAGUCGCGUAAAAGAAAAAGAAAAAUCUCCCGUCUCGUUCUCGUCGUCUCCUCCGCUCCGCUCGUUGCGCCGCCGCCAAGACGAGCAGGGGAGGGCCGGGCGGCGAUCUCCAUCCGGCGAGCAGCGGAGGGGAGGGGAUCCUGAUGGAUGCCGCAGCUCUUCAGUAUGAGAACCAGAAGCUGGUGCAGCAAUUGGAGGCACAGAAGUCCAAAAUGCGUGCAUUGGAAGGCAAGUUCAAGGAGCUGAGGGAUGAGCAAUGUUCUUACGACAAUACAUUGAUUUGUUUGAAUAAAAUGUGGAAUCAGCUGAUUGAUGAUUUAGUGCUGCUUGGGGUUCGAGCUGGUGGGGAUUUAAACGGUUUGCAAGCGCUUGAUCAUGAAGAGAUGUCAGAAGAAUCUCUUGAGUCAUGUCCUUCUGAGGAGAUAUUUCUCUUCAGACUCUUGAAUUCCAGGAAUUUCAGAAAUAAUGAUGACAGUAGCCUGUCAAAAUUAGUUGAGGAAGCUCUUGCCUUGCGCUAUUCAACAACAGUUACUCUGAUGAAGUCCCUGCAAGAGGCUUUUGCUGUACAGCAGGCUAGAAGUGAAUCUUUAUCAUUAGCUUUAAAUGGACAGAACUCCAGUGAAGACGUUAUUGUGGCCCUUGAAAACCAUAAUGAUUACUUGAAAGAAGUGGUUGACAAUUUACGUCAAGCUGUGUCUAUCAUCAACAGGAAGCACGAAAAGUAUCUGGAUGAGAUUGAGGCUUUCAAAAACAAUCAAUCAAGAGAACUACAUGAAGUAAAGUGUCUUUCAGGUGAGCUAGAGGAAAGCAUGGCAGAGCUUGAGGAAAGCCGUCGAAAGUUGGCUGUUCUCCAGUUGCAAACGGGUGGAGGCUCACUGAUGAACACAUCUGCUCCUAACGGUGUGAACGGUAGUGUUUCAACUGAUAAAUCUUCAGACAAGGGUAUGGGCUGGCGAGAUCUGAAAGAUGCUGUUGAGGAGGCUAAGACUCUUGCUGCAAACCGCCUAUUUGAACUCCAUGAGACUCAAGAGGAUAAUCUGAUACUAUCCAAGCAGUUGGAAGAUAUUCAGGAUCAAUUAAAAGAUGAGAACUAUAUUGUUACAUCAAAACCAUAUACGAUUCUCAGUGACCAGUUACACCAUCUGAAUGCUGAGAUAGAGCGAUACAGGGGGUUAGUUGAAGUGCUACAGAAUGAAAAGGACCAGCUCAUGCAAAAGGAAGAAGAAAUGCUUGCAAAGGCAGAAUCAGUGGACGCUGUUCAACAAUCCAUUACCACUUACAAGGCCAAAAUUGAGGACCUGGAACAUGAAAUCCAGAAACUUAUGGCUGAAAAGAAUGAUCUUGAGAUCAAGGCUGAGGAAGCCUUGCAAGAUUCAGGGAAAAAAGACUUCAAGGACGAGAUUCAUGUUAUGGCUGCAUCACUCUCCAAAGAGAUGGAAUUGUUGGACAAUCAAAUGAAUAGAUCCAAGGAUGCGGCUUCUGAAGCACUUGCACUACGUGAGGAAGCUGACUAUUUAAGAACUUUGCUAGCUAAGAAGAUUGAUGAACAAAAGGAGAUAUCUGAUAGAUACAACACACAAGUCACCGAGAUCAAAUCCCUCAAAGCAUUGAUUGAGACACUGGACCAGGAAAAGCAGGAGUUACAAUUUAUAGUGGAUAUGCUCGGUAAAGAAUGUUCUGAGUCGAGGGCAAUUUCAGAGAUUGAAGAAUCAGAAAACCGAGCUCGCAAGCAAGCUGAAUAUUUGAGAAAAUGUUUAGAAGAGCAUAAUCUUGAACUUCGAGUAAAAGCAGCAAAUGAAGCGGAAACUGCAUGCCAACAAAGGCUUUCAAUUGCUGAAGCAGAACUGGAAGACUUAAGGGCCAAAGUGGAUGCAUCGGAAAGAGAUGUUAUGAAACUCAAGGAGUCAAUAAGAAUUAAAGAAGCUGAAGUAGAUGGCCAUAUUUCUGAAAUUGAGACAAUUGGUCAAGCAUAUGAAGACAUGCAAACCCAAAAUCAGCACCUUCUUCAACAGGUUGCUGAUAGAGAUGAUUUUAACAUAAAGCUAGUAUCAGAUAGUGUAAAGAUGAAGCAAGCCUAUGGUUCCCUUCUUGCUGAAAAGAAUAUGCUACAGAAGCAACUUCAGCAUGUCAACAGUUCACUGGAGUCAUCUAAACUAAAAAUCACCAGUGGUGAAGAGCAGAUGAAGACCUAUGUAGCACAAGCUAUGAAAUCUUCUUCAGAGAAUAGGCAUCUUGCAAUUAGCCUUGAAAGGACUAUGCUGGAGGUAUCAGAUGCAGAGAAGGAGCUCAAGUGGCUUCGGUCCGCUACUGGAUCUGCUGAGAAAGAAUAUGAGAUAAAUCAGAAAAAAAUAGCUGAGCUAAAAAUGGAGCUAGAGCGUGAGAGAAAUGAGAGGAUAAAGCUUGAGGAAGAAUACGAAGAGGUGAAAAACGAAGUCAGUGAGCUAACCUCAGAAACUGAAGAGACUACUAUACAGAAGCUCCAAGAUGAAAUAAAAGAAUGCAAGGCUAUUCUCAAGUGUGGGGUGUGCUUCGACCGGCCGAAAGAGGUCGUGAUCACCAAAUGCUUCCACUUAUUCUGCUCGCCAUGUAUCCAGAGGAACCUUGAGAUCCGCCACCGCAAAUGCCCAGGUUGUGGCACCCCCUUUGGACAGAGUGACGUUCGGGAGGUGAAGAUCUGAAGCGUCAGCAAAACAGCUUGAAUGACUGACUUGGUAGCGAGCAUGUAAAUAUAUAGUAGUAGUGCUAGUUUCUGUUUUCUUGGAGGACAGAUAUUAGAUCGAAUUGUCUUGGUGUGCCUCUGCCAAGACUGCCAUGUAGAAACUAUUAUUAUUAUCACCUAAAAAUAGUGCAAUUGCGGGGAUCUGAUACUGACUGUGUCUGUUUUGCGUGUUGUAUCAUUAAUUUAUCUGUUAAUUGAGGUACCGGCUAAAGUUGUUUUACAAUUUACCCGGGAAAUAAUGCAUUUUGAGUUUAUUUA